AAUCCAAAAGGGAAAUAUACUAAUGAAGUUAUUUCAUCUUAUAUGCAAAAACAAGCACUCGACUUUAUUACAGAUCCUCAAAAGGGUCAAUCUAAAAAAUUAAAAGUUGAGAAUACUAAAUUAAAGUCAUUAAACAAAAGACUAUUUAAAAGUAAUCAAAAUCUAAUAAGCAAAACCCAGUCUUUAGGCCUCACGAAUGUUCGUAUAAAACGUAAAAAAUUAUCAGAGGAAACGGUACAAGAUAAUGUGGUAACACAUGGGAAGGAAGAAGCAACUCAAAU